UGGGAUGGAGCUGGAAACGCUUUACCAGAGAUAUUGCAUACGUUUGAAACACGCUCUAUAUCUAUCAUGUUUAACGGUGGCUAGUAUUACGAGCGGAGGAUUACUAAUCGCGACUUGUGUGUUGCAUGUACAGGACCUCCACAAAAGCAUUCUUCCUGUAACGGCGAUGUCAAUUUUAACCGCAGCGUUAUUCCUGAUUCUCCUGGCUUCUCACUUUCCACCGGUUUUGGAAUCAGAAGCCUGGGCACUUCUCUCAUCGCUCGUGCUAACAGCUGGAGUUACUGCAGCGAUGCUUUUAUUGGCAGGACGUCAUGCACCUCUGCCUCUUUUUGCUCUACUGAUUGCUAUCCACACAAUGCUGCCGCUUUCGAGAGCCGUCGCUAUGGCAUUGUCAACGAUUGUUACAGUUGCACAUCUGGCUACUUCUAUAGCCUACCGAAUUAAUGAUGGGGUACUAACUAAUUACAUGCAGUUGAUACCUGAAACAGUGAUGUUGAUCUCAGCAAGUUGUACAGGAUUGUACUACAGGCAUAUGACAGAGGAAGCCCAUAGAAGGACUUUUGUAGGAACGAGAACUUGUAUUGAAUCUCGAGUAAAAUUGGAAUGCGAAAAAGAACAACAGGAACAACUAUUAUUGAGCGUUAUUCCAGCGUAUAUAGCAGCAGAGGUAAAACGCAGUAUCAUGCUGAAAAUGGCCGAGUCCUGCCAAGAACAUUCCAACCGAAGUUUUCACGAAAUGUACGUGCAGCGUCACAAUAACGUUUCGAUCCUCUACGCAGACAUCGUUAAUUUUACCCCUUUGUCGGAACAAUUAUCAGCUUCAGAUUUGGUUAAAACUCUCAAUGAACUUUUCGGGAGGUUUGAUCAAAUUGCCCAGGAUAACCAGUGCAUGAGAAUUAAAAUUCUAGGAGAUUGUUAUUACUGCGUAUCAGGACUGCCAGUUUCAAGACCAAACCAUGCGUAUAAUUGCGUCAAUAUGGGCUUGCAAAUGAUAGAGGCAAUACGAUUCGUUAGAGAAGCAACUGGUUUCAAUGUAGAUAUGCGAAUCGGAAUACAUACGGGGAAUGUGCUGUGCGGCGUGCUGGGGCUCAGGAAGUGGCAGUUCGACGUCUGGAGCGACGACGUUACCUUGGCUAACCACAUGGAGUCCGGAGGGAUUGCAGGGCGUGUCCAUAUCACCCGAGCGACGCUUAAUCAAUUGGGAGACAAAUUCCAAGUCGAAAAUGGCGAAGGAGCGAGCAGGGAAAAUUAUCUGUCAGAUCAUAAAAUAGAAACGUUUCUUAUAGUACCACCAAAGAAAGCAGAAACGGAAGCUCAAAAUGGUAACCUUAAACCACGUUUAUCCAAUGUGUCAGAAAGAUCGCACAGUAUUUGCGACGGCAACUUAGGAUUGUCAGUUCCUCAUAGGACCAGGCCAUCAAGUAAAAUGACCAAAUACGUGGAAUGUUGGGGUGCUGACAAACCCUUCGCCAACAUCGCAGAAUCUACUCUGGCAAAAAAUAUUGAAUUAACGUCGACGUCGUAUCUCCAGACUUUGGCAAUGAUCGAAUCCAACCUGCUGCCGAACCGCACGACGUGUCUGGAAUGCAAAAAAUGGUGGAGUAGCGAAGAACUACAUCCCGCGCUGUUGUGGUUCAGGAACAGAAAGCAAGAGCAGGAAUAUCGUGGCCAACCCGAUUCAGAAUUCCGCUGUUACGUCACUUGCGCUUCGUUUUUGUUUCUGGCGAUGUGUAUUAUGCAGAUUACGACGAUUCCCAGAGGUAUCGUUCUAUUUGGAACACUUGGACCUACGCUGGUGGUUCUUUUGAUAUUCGUCUACUUGUGUUGGUUGGAUGGAUGCUGUGGUCCUCGGCCACCUUCAGAUACUCCCAUAGAUGAACCGGGGACAUGUUCACCUCCAGGGCAGAUUGUAGCAGAAAGUCGAUGUCUCAGGCUUUCAAUUUUCUUGGUAUCGGUUACUUUAAUAUCAGCAUGCGCCGUGCUGAAUUUGGUUGAUUACAAUCCAGAGAUGCCGAUUCCUGUACCAAUAUCGACAACAGAAAUACCAGAAGUGGAUGAGGGUAAUUCCACCGAAACGUGGAAUUUUACGUCAAUCAUACCAACAACCGUAGAAGACAUUCCAGAUGUAAUUGUGGUGCAGUACGUUCCAACAUACCUUUACAGUUCGGCACUGGUUUUAGCAGCAAUAUCGGUUUUUCUUAGAAUGGGAUUUUUGCUGAAACUGUUACUAAUGGUGUUGUCAGUUGUGGUACAUAUUUUGAUAUAUAGUUAUUUGGAAUUUUUUCAAGAAUAUCAUGAUGUACACGAUGAUGAAUUUCCAGCAAUACCAUUCGAAAUAAAGACAGCACUAGCCCUGUCAUUAGUUGUAAUAUUUUUCCAUAUACUGGAUAGACAAAUUGAAUUCACUGCCAGAACAGAUUACCUGUGGAAAGCUAAAUUGAAGGUAGAACAGGAUGAGGUAGAAACGAUGCGGGGAAUUAAUAAGAUUCUGCUUGAAAAUAUUCUUCCCGCUCACGUAGCCGAGCAUUUCUUGAAUACCAGAAUAACUGAAGAUCUCUACCACGAAAGGUAUUCUUGCGUCGCUGUUAUGUUCGCUUCUAUCCCCAAUUACAAGGAAUUCUACGAUGAAAGCGAUGUGAAUAAACAAGGGCUCGAGUGUUUGCGGCUACUUAACGAAAUAAUUUGCGAAUUUGAUAAGUUGCUGCUAAAACCAAAAUUCAGUUGUAUAGAGAAAAUUAAAACCAUAGGUAGUACGUAUAUGUUGGCCUCUGGUUUAAGACCUGGCAAAGAAGACAGCAAAGAAGCCAGUAGAAAAGAAGAACACAUAAUUACCGCUUUGGUUGAUUUUGCUGUUCUCCUGAUGACUAGUUUAGAGCAAAUUAAUCGAGAUGCAUUCCAAAGAUUUAAACUCAGAGUUGGUCUAAAUCACGGACCUGUAAUAGCAGGAGUCGUUGGUGCUCAAAAACCACAAUACGAUAUCUGGGGAAACACCGUAAAUGUAGCUUCCAGAAUGGACUCAUGUGGUCUUUUAGGCAAGAUCCAGACUACAGACGUCACUGCAGAAGUUCUAAUGAAUGCCGGUUACCAAUGUGAGUGUCGAGGGCCGACAUAUGUCAAAGGAAAAGGUACUUUGACGACCUACUUCGUGAAAACCCCUUUCGAUGAUAAGAAUCAUUGAAUCUAAUAUGUGAUAAUGUAGUUUAGAGUAAUUGAAUAAGCUAACAACUGUUGUAGCACUCAUAAAGUACCACUUAUUCAAAUCUCAAUAAUUGUAAUUAUAUUUCUCAUUUGGUUAAAAAACUAUUUAUACAGGGUGUUUUUAAAUACCUAAGUAUGAUAAACUCUAAGGGGUAAUUCUACAUGAAAAAAGAAUGACAUAUUAUUGUUGAAUAAAGGUAUAUCCGCAAAUGCUUCGUUUCCGAGAUACGGGGGGUUGAAAUUUCUCUUACAAACCGAAAAUUUAAAAAACUAUAUUAUUGUCCCAGGAACGCAACUCAUAAAUAUUGGCAAUAUCAUUUUAAAGUCUUCUACUUUAAAAUGUAUAAUAUAUGUCUGAAUUGCCGAUAUAAAUGAGUCAGAUUAAAUAAAUUAUUAGAAGAAUUUUUUACUAAGCAACAACAUUUUUGUUUAAUUAAUUAAUAUUUUUUGUAAUUUGACGACAUCCGAUUUGGACGUCGAAACGUUAAUAAAAUCAUUUUUUUUAGUAAAAUUGUGGCUUAUUUCCCAUUAAAAAUAGUUAAUAGUUAAAUAAUUACAAACAUGCCACAAGAAAAUAGCUUCAGAACAACAACCGAAAAUUUAUUUAUUGCUUUAAAACCGGUUGAGAUAAGCAAAUGAAAUUUAUUGGGUUUUAAGAAGUGGUUGUUGCGCAUUUUUGACAUACAAUUAAUAAUUUUAUAUUUAUGAUUGGCGCGCAUACGGGUAAUGGUCUGAAUAAAAAAAAACAGUACGCCACUGAGAUAUUUCAAAUAAAACAUUUUCGAAUUUCUUGUUCAAUUUGCGACAAAAAAAAAACCUUUCUUUUCUUUUUUUCAUGAGUGGCGUCGUUUUUAUGCAACAAAAUAAAACAUCUUAAGCUUAGUCUACACUCUACACCAAUAGACAUGUUGCGCGAUUUUGGUAUACGCAACGUAUCUCAGGAUGUCUCAGUAGAUAUGUCUCUAGACCAAACUCUAGACCAAAAAAGUUUCUAUGCAUAUUAUGGAAACUUACUUCGAAUACUUUGUAAGCAUUAAGAUGUUUUAUUUUUUUGCAUAAAAACGUCGCCUCAUAUGAAAAAAAGGGAAGAUAUAUUUUUUGUCACAAAUUGAACGAGGAAUUCAAAAAUUAUUUUUAAUUUAAAAUAUCUCAGUUGCGUACUAUUUUUUUUUUAUAUGUAAUUAUUAACUGUAUGUCAAAAAUUGCGCCACAACCACUUUUUAAAACCCUCCAAAUUUCAUUUGAAUAUCUCAACCGGUUAUAGAGCAGUAAUGCCUGGUUGCACCAAAAAAUCUUAAGCUCCAGCUUAGCCCAGCUCAGUUUAUAGAUAGGGCCGCUUUAAGUCUAACUUACCAUAGAGAAAUAAAAAGAAGUUGUUUUUAUUUCUCUAUGUAACUUACUUUGCACCAUAAUUUUCGAUUCUUAUCGAUCCAAUCCACGUGACAAUCCAUUGUGACAAGCUGAAAAUUGAUCUAAGACUCAAUGGUGGAACGCGUAUGUUUCGUAAGCUGAGCUUAAAGCACGCCUUAAGGUAUGAUUCCGCCCUUGUCGCCGUGACAGACGUCACUACUUUUCACUAUUAAUUUGUAUGAAACUGAUUCCGACAUCUAACUGUCGGGCAGAACGUCAGUUGCUAAUAAUUAGACAAAUUAAUAGUACACAGUAAAUACGUAUGUCAUGGUAACAACUGUAACCGCCAAGUAACUGUAAGUUGCCGUCUGCCGUCGAUGUCGGAAUCGUACCUUAAGACGUGCUUUAAGCUCAGGUUACCAUGACAUACGUAUUUACUUUGCACUAUUAAUUUGUAUAAUAAUUAGCAACUGACGUUCUGCCGGACAGCAAAUUGCAAUUAGAUGUCGGAAUCAGUUUCAUACAAAUUAAUAGUGCAAAGUAGUCACGUCUGUUAUGUUGUUGUUCUGCAACUGUUAUGUUGGCGCAACCAGGCAUAAAUAAAUUUUCUGUCUGUAAGAGAAAUUUCAACACCCCUUAUCUCAGAAACGAAGCACUUGCGGACAUAUGUUUAUAAAAUAAACAAUCAUUAUUUUUUUCAUAUAAAAUUACCCCUUAAAGUUUGUCAUACUUAUUUAAAAACACCCUAUAUAUCUAGAAAGGUCCCAAUACUCAACUUCGUUUUAAGUUAUUUAUUUUAAAAGCCAAUGUCAAGCUCUUUCUUUUAAGUUGAAGGCUGAUAAAAAUAUUAGCGACGUAAGUUUAACAUCAAAAAUAUAUUUUUUUGGAUAAUUUCGUAUAAAAUCUCUCGAUCACUAUUUUGCAUUGGAUCUCGUAUUUUGAAUUUUAUUUAUUUUUUGUCUUAAUUCCAUAGGACAAGUGGCUCAUUUUGUUAUUGCAAUGCUUGACGUAGAAAUGUUUUUAAAGUAUUUCAGGAAGAAAAAUGGAUUUUUUUUUAAAUUUUCAUAUUAUUCAAAUAUGAAAAUUAAAGAGUGAUUAAAUUAACCAAACUAUUAUUUUCGCUUUGCUAUAUUUUUGCAUGUGUGUCAUUUUUAAUAGCUAAAAUUCUCUUUUAAAUAAACAUUUUGAUUUAUUUUUAGUAAUAUUUCGAUGCAAUUCUAAAACUUGAUACAGGUGCUUUAUAUUUAAACUAUCAAAAUCACAAGCAAUCUACAAAUCUGGAAUAUUUGGACUUACUUAACGCGCACAAUGAAUUUCAAGUAAAUGUGAAAUGUUCACUAUGUCAAAUUUUGAGUAAGUUCUUAAUGUUAUUUAAAAAAAAAUGUAUUGUUAUACCUAUUCUCCUCUAAGAGUUCUUGCAACAAACUAUGAUCUUUAGCCCAUAACAUUGUAACAAAUUCGACUAAAUAGAGUUUUUUGACUUCUCUGAGACGGAUUAUAAUGCAAAGCGAGGAAUCAUGCAAAAUGUGUAAAAGUUGUAAAUAAAUUAAGAAAAAUUUAAAACAAAAACCAUGUACAUAUUCUUAAAGAAAUACGAAAAGAAACGCUUAUGAUACACAAUAAAGAUAAUAUUGUAAUUACCAGUAAAUUUUACAGAAAAAAAACAAUAAAAAAUCGAAAUCAAAGUUUUCAACCUAAUAGAAAUAUUGAAAAUAUUAAAAAUAUUCCUAAAAGAUAUUUAAUUGAAAACUUAUUGGACCAUUUUUCUGGUAACGCCUCCAUGGCUUCUAAAAAUUGCAAGCCAGAGGGAUGCUGAAGCGAAGAAGACAAGAGGGAAUUCAAAAACUUACAAUUCACGACCCCGUCUGUUCAGCUGGUAAAUUCCAACGGAAAAUGGACCUAGUUACUCAAAGGAGUAAAACUAAUAUAAAAUAAAAUAAAAAUGUAUACCACUUUUAUUCAGUUGCAAUGCGAAGGCAAAACUGUCUUAUUUUUCACUCAGAACAGAGAGCGGAAACCAGCACUUUAAAUCGACGAUUUUUUUCGACUCUAAUUGGAGUCAUCAUCAGAGAGGUGUAGGUUUGCUGCUCUCUGCCCCAAGUGACGAAACUCCGAGAGCUUAUCCCCACAUUGCAACUGACGAUUAUGAAGUAGGUGUCUAGCGACAUUUGGCAACUGAAAGUCAAAGUUUUCAAUUUCAUUGCCAGAUGUCGCUAGACACCUACUCUAUAAACGUCAGUUGCAAUGCGGGGAUAAGCUCUCGGAGUUUCGUCACUUGGGGCAGAGAGCAGCAAACUCACGACUCUCUGAUGAUGACUCCAAUUAGAGUCGAAAAUCGUCGAUUUAUCGUGCUGGGUUGCGCCCUCUGUACUAAGUGAAAAAUAAGAUAGUUUUGCCUUCGCAUUGCAACUGAGUAAAAAUGGUAUACAUUUUUAUUUUAUUCGAUAAAAAUGUAUCUUUAUUUUUUAUGUUGUUACGCCAAAGAUUUAUUUUUAUUUACUUUCCUGUUGCAUGUAUGAGAAUUUUUAGUUAAUUUUGUUUUGUUACAAUAAAUAAUUGUUGAUUUUUA